AUGUCUAUCCCCGAAAUGCAAUGGGCGCAAGUAGCGGAGAAGAUUGGCGGCCCGCUUGUGUACAAGCAGAUUCCUGUCCCCAAGCCGGGACCUGACCAGAUUCUAGUUAAGAUCCGUUAUUCUGGUGUUUGCCAUACCGAUUUGCAUGCGAUGAUGGGACACUGGCCCCUUCCAGUCAAGAUGCCUCUUGUAGGUGGGCACGAGGGUGCCGGUGUGGUCGUUGCCAAGGGCUCUCUGGUCAAGGAAUUUGAAAUCGGCGAUCAUGCUGGUAUCAAAUGGCUUAACGGCUCAUGCUCCGAAUGCGAGUUCUGCAGACAAUCCGACGACCCCUUGUGUGCCGAUGCGCAACUUUCGGGGUAUACUGUCGAUGGCACUUUUCAACAAUAUGCCGUCGGAAAGGCGACCCAUGCAUCGAAGAUUCCAAAUAAUGUUCCUCUCGAUGCAGCUGCACCAGUUCUCUGUGCAGGCAUUACUGUCUAUAAGGGACUGAAGGAAUCUGGGGUGCGUCCGGGUCAGACAGUCGCAAUUGUGGGAGCCGGUGGUGGACUCGGAUCCCUCGCACAGCAAUAUGCAAAGGCUAUGGGUAUCAGGGUGGUGGCUGUCGAUGGAGGCGAUGAGAAACGGGCCAUGUGCGAGCAGCUCGGUACAGAGACUUUUGUCGACUUCACGAAAUCCAAGGACCUCGUCGCCGAUGUGAAAGGAGCAACUCCAGAUGGCCUCGGCGCGCAUGCAGUCAUUCUACUGGCGGUUUCUGAAAAGCCUUUCCAACAAGCUACUGAAUAUGUUCGCUCCCGCGGAACAAUUAUCGCUAUCGGAUUGCCUCCAGAUGCUUACCUCAAGGCUCCGGUUCUCAACACAGUGGUCCGUAUGAUCAGUAUCAAGGGAAGCUAUGUUGGAAACCGACAAGAUGGUGUUGAAGCUUUGGACUUCUUCGCUCGGGGUCUUAUCAAGGCCCCAUUUAAACUGGCCCCUCUUAAGGACCUUCCAAAGAUUUUUGAGCUCAUGGAGCAAGGCAAAAUCGCGGGUCGCUAUGUACUUGAAAUGCCAGAGUAA